GCUUAAUAUCUUGCGUAUUUUCUUGUGGUAUAUAAAACUAGUACGCAUGUUUUGAUGUGACUAGUUUUGUUACCUACAUUUAAUGGAUAAACAUCUCUUAUAUACUAAAGCACAAGUCACAUGACAAAUCAAAUUUUGACAAAUAGAAAAUAGUUUUUUAAAAGAAAAAGUAAUUGAUUGAAAAUAAAUUGACUUUGAUCCCUAAUUUUUAGCAAUUGUGUAUCACAAUAUUUCUUCCACGUUCAAACUCACUUGACACGAUUUCAAACUGUUUUCCUCUUUUAUAUAAUUUAAUCUCAAUUUCUUUUACUUCUUUUUCUAUCUUCUCCAGCAAAACAAGAGAUCUUUUCAUCUCUCUUAAAAGUUCAAUUUCAAUAUCGGGUCUUCAUAUCUUCUUUCUUUUCUUCUGCUUUUUUUCUUUCUUUUUCCUGCACAAUUUUUUAUUUUUAUUUUUAUUCUUCAUCUAGAUUAAUACUUAAAAGUCUAUUAACGACAAGAUUUUAGAUAGAUACAGUAGAAUUUUGGGAAGCAAUUGAUACUGCCUCUGGAAGUCACGGUUUGGAGAGAAAGAAUGGAGCAUACGAAAUAUUAUUCUUGUGAAAAACCUAUAACUACAUUCAAGGCCAGUGAUCUUUUGGUUGAAUCAAAGAGCAUAAGGUUUUGGCAUGACAAAGAAGUAUUCACUACUGCAAUUGAGUUCGAAGCUAAAGCUAUUGCUGAAAUAUCACGAAGCUUGCAGUUAUGAAUCCAAAGGUGAAUUUACUUUACUUAAUUGUUGCUAGACAAUUCUUUUAAUUUAUAAAAGGUAAACUAAAGUUGUAAAUUUUAAUUUUAUAAAUUCAUAACACUGUCAAAAUAAGUAAUAUGGGUUAAUUUUGUUUAGAUGUAUGCUUUUAAAAAAAGAUGAUAGGUAAAUUAACAUUUUUGAUCAAAUUAGGUAAAUUAACAUAAAGUGUCAAUUUUAAAAUAUAAAAAAAUUAGACCUUUCAAAAAACUAUAAAAACUAAGACCUUUCAGAAAACUAUAAAAAUUAAAUAGUAAAUUUAUAAGAUUCAUCAUAUCUAAAUUUACACUAAACUAAAUUAAGUAUUUGUUAUUCUGUACAAAAUUAUCAAAUAUUGUAUUUCAAGUAUAUUUUAUAUUUUGGUAUAUAUUUUAUUUAUUUUUGAUUUUUUUUACAAAACAUGUAUCCAUUUUAUAAUGAUAUAAAAGUUAUUGUUUCAUCCCCUUAACCGUUUUGUUUCAAUGCAUGUAUCUCUAAUAUUAUGUGCUACUAUUCAUAUAGUAUUUAAAACAAUAUUCACUCUUAUUGAAAAUUAUGACUAUCAAAUAAUUUUUUUAAAAGUGAAUUGACCUGUGCGUAGCACAGGUGGUAAUACUAGUUAGAAUAUAAUCUGAGUGCUAACUACUUGUAUGUUUCUAAGAUCGUACAUUGUUGUUGGUAACACUUCUUUUUUCAACUUUUUGUUCCGUUAAUUAAGGCACAAAGCAACCACAUGGUGAAAUCAAAAGCCCAAUACAAACCAACCCUUUCGAAAACCCAUCACCUCUUCACAAUCUUCUUCAGUUUCUGAAUGCAAGUGUUUCCUACAUUACGCAGAGAUACAGGAAACACUUAAAAUAUUUUUAUUCUGUAUUUCUUCGGAUAAAAAUUUGUAGAUAUAUUAUUGUUCAAUUUUUUAUAUAACUAUUAUAAAUGUUGGAAAACCGGAAAAUGCCAAUUUUUUAUUAGCUUAAUAAAGUUUUUAACUAAAAUCCAUACAUAAACCGAUAAAAGCGUUAUAACUAAUAACUCAACUUGAAAAAAUGAAGAUAUUAAGUACAUGGAGUAUUUAAUAUCUUCACUUUUUCAAACUCACUUUAAUUCGCAAUCAACCCAUUUUUAUUAUGAAACAAAUUAAAUAAAUAUUAUAAACAAACUUAGUCUACUACUGAACAGAUUAAAUAAACUGAUUAUUCCAUUUUGACUCUCAUUAAUUCAUAAUUAUAUUUAUGUAAAUAUAAUAUUAGAUUAUAAAAAGAUAAAAUAACAUAUAUUAUCAAUGUAUAAAAUAUCAUAAAAAAAUUAAAUAUCUUAUAGCAAUGUAGAAAAGUUAAACUUACAUUAACAAAACUCUAUAAUUAUUAUUCUAUUAAAUUAAAUUAUCACAAAAUUAAUUUUUUAAAGUAUAUUUCUGAGCUAACCGCCAACCAGAUCAUUAAGUCUUCUCUUUUCUUUGGCAAAAAGUUUGAAAUAUUUCCAAUUUUCUUUUUGCCUCUUCUCCACGUUACUUGAUAUCUAAGUAUAAAAGUUAUCAUGAGAAAAGAGAAGAAGAGAGUUUUACCUAGUUCCUUCCCAGUUACAAGCUACAAGGAUCAUGAACCAACUCGUAUCUUCACCAUCCUUCGGCCAAGCCGCCGUUAGGUCCCUCAACUACAUCCGUCCACUCUGCGCAGCUCUACCUCUAAUAUCAGCAGGACUCAACGCCGCCUCCAAGCCCGCCACCACCACCGUCCGCAAGUUCAGCAGCUCUCCCGUGCCUAAUAUCAACAGGCUUAAGCCUCCCGCUGCUCCUAUGACGCAACUAUCCUCCGCCGCGAGCGCCUUCGUCCGUAACUUCAGCAGCAACUCAUCUGCUAGUGCUGUUCUCGACAGAUUCCAAAUCACGCCCCAGACUAACUGGGGAGUCCGAAUCGUGCCGGAGAGGAAGGCGUGCGUGGUCGAGCGGUUCGGCAAAUACGUCAAGACUCUGGGGUCGGGGAUUCACUUCCUUGUCCCCGGUGUGGAUCGCAUCGCUUAUGUUCAUUCUCUCAAGGAGGAAGCCAUUCCGAUUGGUAAUCAGUCUGCCAUCACAAAGGAUAACGUCAGCAUCAACAUCGAUGGUGUUCUAUACGUCAAGAUAGUGGACCCUAAACUAGCUUCUUAUGGUGUUGAGAAUCCAGUUUACGCUGUUGUCCAGUUGGCUCAGACUACAAUGCGUAGUGAGCUCGGUAAGAUUACACUUGACAAGACCUUUGAGGAACGAGAUACUCUCAAUGAGAAAAUUGUGGAAGCUAUCAAUGUUGCUGCAAAACAUUGGGGUCUUGAGUGCCUUCGUUAUGAGAUAAAGGAUAUUAUGCCUCCUAAUGGAGUGAAGGUUGCUAUGGAAAUGCAAGCUGAAGCUGAACGUAGAAAGAGAGCCCAGAUUCUUGAGUCUGAAGGAACACGUCAAGCCCAUAUCAACAUAGCUGAUGGUAAGAAAAGUUCUGUAAUCUUGGAAUCAGAAGCUGCAAAGAUGGACCAAGUCAAUCGAGCAUCAGGUGAAGCAGAAGCAAUAUUAGCUAGAGCACAAGCCACAGCCAGGGGUCUGACCAUGUUAUCUCAGUCCAUCAAAGAAACUGGUGGAGUGGAGGCUGCGAGUUUGAGAGUUGCGGAGAAAUACAUUGAAGCUUUUGGCAACAUCGCUAAGGAGGGUACAACAAUGUUGCUUCCGAGUUCUGCUGAAAAUCCUGCAAACAUGAUCGCUCAAGCUUUGACAAUGUACAAAAGUCUCGUCCCCAAGAGUGCUCUCCAAGAAACUUUAGCAGUGGAAUCCUCUGACGUGGUUACCUGAGCUACACAUUUCACUAGAAGCCAUGGUAGCUGAACUAGGAACUAUAAUUAUUUUUUGACCUGUGAGAGACAGUUAUCAACUUAUCUAUACCUUAGUGUCAUUUUUUUCGCAAACAAGAAAACAUAUAUAAACCCUAACCUCCUAAGGGGUUUUCACCAGAUUUAGUUGGCUUUUUUCUUGUUGUCUUUAAUUUUUAUUUUAGUAUCAAACUCUUCUUCUGUUUUUUUUUGGUUGCUAUCGUCCUUUAAGUUUCAAGGACGAUCUCUAAUUAUAAAAACAAUCAGAACCAAAUCAAUUAAGUUUAGAGAAAUGAAACUCUUUGUCCUCAGCGAGAACAGGCACCUUCUUGGCCGCACU